UUACUACAAAAAGACGAUUUAUUCCAUUAUGUAUGGAUUAAAAAUAUUUCAAGUUUUGAAAUUUUAGAUUGGUAUCAAAGCAGUUAACAUUAAAUGAACAUAAAACAUUCCUAUGCAACACAUGUCUACAAAUGUUUACCACUAAAGAAAGACUCAGUCAACAUAAGUCUGAAUGUGGACAAAUUGUUACAAAGAUGGUAGAAGCCGAAAAAAGUAAAUUAAUGUUUAAAAACUUUAAAAAUAAGCUAGAGGUUCCUUUUACAGUUUAUGCUGACUUUGAAUGUGUCUUAGUAGAGGAAGAUUUAGAGAUUUCGAAUAACAGCAAAGCAAUUCAGAAGCAUAAGCCAUGUGCAUUUAGUUAUUAUAUUAAAUGUGCAUUUAAUGAUUCUUUAGAUAAACUUAAAAUAUAUACUGGUGAGGAUUCAGCUUCGAUAUUUAUUAAAAGUUUAAUUGAUGAUGCUAGAGAAAUUUAUUUUAAUUAUUUAAAAAAGAUAGAACCCAUAAAUUUCCUCACUUCAAUUGAAUUAGAUAUACAAAAUAAUAGUAGUACUUGUUCAAUUUGUGGAAAACCCUUAGGGAUCGAUAGAGUAAUAGAUCAUUGUCAUCUAACUGGAAAAUAUCGAGGUCCAGCUCAUAAUGAUUGUAAUUUAAAUUUUAAAAUCGCAAACUUUAUUCCAAUAUUUUUCCAUAAUCUUUCCUCAUAUGAUUGUCAUUUAUUCAUAAAAGAACUUUCAAAUAUUCCAGGAAGUAUUAAUAUUAUUCCACUAAAUAAGGAAUUGUAUGUAUCCGUAUCAAAACAUAUUAAUUUUAAUAUUAAUUCAAGCAUUGAACUUAGGUUUUUAGAUUCUUUUCGAUUUAUGUCUUCUAGUUUAUCUAGUUUAGCUAAAAAUUUAACUAAUAAUGAUUUUAGAGUGUUGCGAACAACCUUCGUUGAUGAAGAUGAAUUCAAUCUUUUAAAAGUAAAAGGGAUAUUUCCUUACGAUUAUUUUAAUAGCAUUGAACGCCUUCAAGAAUCAUGUUUACCACCUCGUGAAAAUUUUUUCAAUAAAUUAAUUAAUGAAGAAUGUAGUGUUAGCGACUAUGAGCAUGCUCAAAAAGUGUGGUCAACUUUUAAUUGUUUAACAUUACGUGAUUACUUAGAAAUUUAUUUAAAAACAGACGUAAUAUUAUUAACAGAUAUUUUUCAAAAUUUCAGAAAAAUUUGUUUAGAAAUUUAUAGUCUAGACCCUUGCCAAUAUUUUACUGCCCCCGGAUUAUCGUGGGAUGCAAUGCUAAAGACAACACAAAUUGAGUUGCAAUUAAUUACAAAUAUUGAUAUGUAUAGCUUCAUAAAGAAGGGUAUAAGGGGUGGUAUAGUUCAAUGUUCUAACCGAUAAACCAUCAAAAUAUCUUAUGUAUUUAGAUGCAAAUAAUUUAUAUGGUUGGGCUAUGUCCGAAUAUCUUCCCUAUGCUGAAUUUGAGUGGUUGGAUAAUGUUAAUGAUUUUGAUGUUUUCACAAUAGAAGAAAACUCUUCGUAUGGUGUCAUUUUAGAGGUUGAUUUGGAAUAUCCUCAUUCAAUUCACGAUAUACAUAAUGACUUACCAUUUUGUUGUGAAAAUAAAAAAAUUGGUAGCAUGAUUCAACCUAAACUAAUAGCUGAUUUAAAUAAUAAAACUAGGUAUGUAAUUCAUUAUAGAAAUUUGCAGCAGUGUCUUAAACAUGGUCUAAAAUUGAAGAAGAUUCAUCGCGUUUUAAGGUUCAAACAGUCUAAUUGGCUAAAAAAGUAUAUAGACCUAAAUACUUUUCAUAGAACAAACGCUAAGAAUGAUUUUGAAAAGAAUUUUUUUAAACUUCUGAACAAUGCUGUAUAUGGAAAAACUAUGGAAAAUGUAGAUAAAAGGAAAGAUAUAAAAAUAGUAUGUGAAUGGGAAAGUAUUGGAAAAAGGUUAGGCGCUCGAGCCCUCAUCGCUAAACCUAACUUUCAUAGUUAUACAUCAUUUACAGAAAACAUGCUUGCUAUACAAUUGAAAAGAUCAUGUACCUUAUAUGAUAAGCCUAUUUAUAUUGGUUUUGUUGUAUUGGAAUUAUCAAAGUGGAAAAUGUAUAACUUUCAUUAUAGUUAUAUGAAACCUAAGUUUCAAACAAAGCUCUGUUUGAACUAUAUGGAUACUGAUUCUUUUAUAUAUACUAUUCAAACGAAUGACUUUUAUAAGGAUAUUCAUGAUGAUAUUGAUUUAAAAUUUGAUACAUCUGAAUAUUUAGAAAAUAACGUCUUUAAUUUUCCUUUAAAAAAUAAAAAAUGUUUGGGUAUGAUGAAAGAUGAAAACAAUGGUAAAAUUAUGAAAGAAUUUAUUGGACUCAAGCCUAAAAUGUAUUCUAUUAGUGUUGAGGGAGACAAUGAUGUGAAGAAAGCUAAAGGUGUAAAAAAGUCAGCAUUAAUAAAUCUUAAUAUUAUGAAUUAUAAAGAAUGUUUACUUCAAAACAAAAUUUUUUAUGAUAAGAUGUAUACUUUUAGAUCUAAAAUACAUGAGAUUUAUACAAUAGAAUUUAAUAAAGUUGUUUUAAGCAAUAUAGAUGAUAAGCGUUUUGUAUUAGAUGAUAAUAUUAAUACUUUAGGAUGGGGACAUUAUAAAAUCAAUAACUUAAAUUAGUUUAAUAAGUAUAAUAUGAAUAUAUUUUAAAAACUGUUUAUGUUGUGAAAGGAAACUUUUCCCAUUUUGUUAAUUCUAAUUUAUAGAGGUACAUUUUAUUAAUUGAAUUUUUAAUAAAUAUCUAGUAUACAAGUAUAUCUCUUUCGAAAUUUCUAAAAUCUCUCCUCAACAUAAGUAUAUUUAAAACUUUAUUAUAUGUUCUUUGGUGAAAAUAGGCCUACAGGGGAAUCGAACACCAAUCAAAUAAAAAAAUCGAUAGCGCGCCUUUAUUGCAAACCUCAAGGUGGUGUGGAAUAUGCAAUUACUUUAAACAAUAAAGAAUAAGACUAUAUUUUAUAAUAUAAUAUAAACGUUUUUCUUUUAUUUGU